UUCUCUGUCGCUUCUACACAUACCGGAGAGAGCCACGCGAUUGGCUAUUUAAACACUUCGAGUUGGCCGGAGGCGUAAGAGCUUAUAUUCUCAGCCAAUCAGAAGCGAAAUAGAGAGCACCGAAGCUUCCCCUGGUCAAGUGAAUGCGACACGAGGAAGACAAAAAGGAGUACAAAAAUGUUCAAAUGUGUACAGACACUUCAUAACCAGAAGGAGGCAGCAAAGCAAUAUAAAGGGUGAUAAACUGCAGUGAGCUCCCCAAAGAAGAAGAGCAGGCCUCAGGUAGCUCUGUGAGAAAGAUGGACAGUCCCCAGCAGUUAAAUUUUCACGUGUCUAUCCGGAAGGGAUCUUCUAUUCCUGCUCUGCAAAAAUGCAACACUUGCUGUUCUCCAGGAAAAUUUCAUUGUCCAUUUUGUUCACCUGAAAUUUUCAAACCCACAAACCGCCCCAGUCUUAGGAUCCACUUGGACAGUCAUCGAAGGGAAGCCUUUGAAACUGGAAAAUACACCUUCCACAGGUGUAGACUCCAGUGCAGAAGUCAGGCGCAUUACCACUGUUUGUACUGCAAAGCCACAGUGAUAAGACAGAAAACUUUCCACAGUCAUCUGUCAUUUUGCCGUGAGCAACAACAAAGGAGGUCCCGGAAGUUAUCCAAACUACAGGCUGAAUUGACACAAAGAAUCCAAAAUGACAGAGGGAGCCUUUCAUAUGACAUGGAGAGGGAUGUGAACGGUAACGGCAUAACUAUCGUCUCAAACUCAGAGGGCCAAAGCAACCACGGAGCCAGCGGCGGCCAUUCUGUGUCUCACAGUUUCACCAGAUCAAACAAAUGUGACACUGGGAGGAAAAUGAAGAGGAGUAUAGAGAUGGACUCCUCUAAAUGUCACAAAGGUGUACAGACGGACACUCCAAAACCACAAGACUGCGAUGAGUAUUACUUUAUGACCCUCACGAAAGUGUUUAAGAAGUUGGCUCCUCAGAAAAAGGCAGAGGUCAGGAUGAAAAUCGAACGUCUCCUUCUCGAAGCUCAAUUUACAUAGAGAAGGGCAUGCCUUCUUAUAUAUAUAUAUACAGAUUCUUUUUUUUUUUUUUUUUGAUUGCACAUGAAUUACUCAAAGAAGUGGAAGUGAUAGGUUUUCUUUUUCAUUGUGGACAAAGCCUGGAGUGUUUUGUGUCUUUGUGCCAGGCUACUGCAUCUUAAAUGCAAACUUACAACAUGACAAUUAUUUCAAACAUUUCAGUAUUUAAUAUAAAUGUGUGCGAAUUAGCAGGAUAGUUUAAUUCAAACACCUUUUUUUUGUAGUUUAACAAGAAACAGACUUAUUUGUUGAGGACAGGUGGCAUGCUUAAGUUAUACAUUCAGACACUGAGGCACAGUAUGAGCAGAGAGACAAAGACAGAUGUUCUGUAUGAGGAUCUUUAUUUGUAAUAAAUAGGAUAUAUAUUUCCAUAAAAAAAAAAUCAACUAGCCAGCUCCUUUGCUAGAUUUUGAGUUGACUGUCAUGUGCUUCAAACGAUGUAAGUACAUCAUGGUGAGACAUCACAGUAAAUGCUUUACGUUCAUGUAUGAAAGAGGAAAUCAGACAGCAACUUUGUUGAAUGUUAUUUUCCUUCUCCCCAAGAUUUCCUAUCUUUUAUAUUCCUGCUGUCUCUCAGCUAUAGUAAAAGUGAAAGGAAAAAAAUGUUUAAAAAGUACAGGAAUGCUAGUAUUUGAGCUCUGAAUCCUCAUGUCAAAUAUAAAGAGGGAUUUUCUUUUUACUAUUCUGUUGGAGUAUUUUACAGCUCCAUAGUGUAGUGGUUUACAUAUUGAUCCAACAAGUGAAAAAGCUCUACAAAAACUGCUAAUACAAAUGUGCAGUGCCAGCUGAUGUGGUGAGCCCUUGUUAAUAAAGAAACAGCUGAAAGUAGUUUUAUUCUACUUGAAUAAUUUCAGUGGUAUUAAGAAGUAAAAUCUGUAGUAGCUCACAU